AUGACAGAUGCCCGUACUCAACGUGAAUACAACGAGAACCAUAUUAUUACAGCACGCAGGAUUGAACAGAGUCCCACGGGGGAGUACCUGGUACCGGAUUCAGAGGAGCUGGGGUGUGUCAGAUACUGUGUGGUGUAUGACUUCAAGACCAGCUCUCUGGGUUGCUGUGACUAUGAGGAAGAGGAGAAAGGAAAAGAUGCUGAGGAAGGAACUGCUGUCCAAUAUGCCAGAAGCUUACAGCAGUUCACCCGCCAUCCAGUGCUCGUGCUGAAGGGAGGAUACAAACGUUUUUCAGCUUGCUAUCCUUUCCUGAGAACUCAAAAGAUACUGUGGAUGCCUCAGGAACUAGACAACUUUCAGCCAUACCCUGUAGAAAUACUGCCUGCAAAAUUAUAUAUGGGCAAUUUCAAGCAGGCCUGUGACCAACAAAUUCAGAAAGAUCUGAAGAUCAAAGCACAAGUCAACAUCUCUGAACAGCCUGCCACACUGUUUGCAGAAGGCAACAAAUACCUCCAUAUAUCUGUUCCAGAUUCACUCGAAGCAAAUCUUUUUUCUUCCUUUGCCACCGUUUGUCAUUUCAUAGAUGCCCAGCUGGAUUGCGGAGCAGUGCUGGUGUUCUCCAGCCUGGGGAUAAGCCGGAGCAGCACAGUAACCAUGGCCUAUCUUAUGCAUUCCUGCCAGUUUUCUCUGAAGAGAGCUUGGGACUACGUUCUGAAAUGCAAAAUGAACAUGAGACCACACCGGGCCUUUGUGAAACAGCUCUCAGACUGGGAGGCCCAAAUCUACGGGACCACGAUCACAGACAUCUCUGAACCAAAUUACUGACAGGUAGCAAAGAGCACACCCAGGAAAGGCACUUCCCUGUCUGUACCACUGUGUCGGCAGAAAGUUCCUUGGACUCUGUUUGAAAAAAGAUCUUAACGUAACGUCAAGGGUUUCAUCUUUAGCUCUGUAUUAUUUUGGGUCAAGUUUUGGCUGUAGAAGGUGGUGGUUUGGGGAACUGCAGGAUGUGGUCCAUUAUGCACUGCUCCUCUCUUGUAAGAGAAGGGGAUUGUAACCUCGUAUCGGGCAUGCUCCUUACCACUGAGGUCAUUAGCAUUAUCUCUGAAAAGGUUCGUGCGAUAGUAAAUUUAGAGUUGGACUGUGCCCACUCCCAGCCAGAGAGGUGAGACAGAAGUUGCUCAUGUCAGAACUCCCUCAGCUGCCCGCAGACAUGGACCUGGCCUCUCGCAGAGGUGCCCUUGGGUUGUCUGGCGGGACCCCGCUUCCCGCUCGCCACCUUCUAACGCAACAGCCGGGCCUCUUGCCGUGGCUGGUGAUUUUGAAGCAUCAAUCCUGUUCUGUGAAACCCGCACUCGGUACCGUCCUCUCUCUCACCGCACUGUGAAGUCUUUGCCCUGACCUCACAGAAUAAAACGUUACAGAGAACGC